AUGGCUAGCACCUUCAACAAUGUCAAGGACAUUGAUGCAUCCCAUGACAACUUGAGCUAUAGGAUCAAGGUGCGUGUGAUUAAGAUUUGGACUCUAUCUACGGCUGAGCAGAAAUUUCAAAAGCCAAUGCUGGAGCUGGUGGUCAUGGAUAAUCAGGGAGAUCGGAUCCAAUGUUCAAUUCGAAACCCUCAUAGGAGGUUAUUUGAGACCGAUCUUACCGAGGGGAAAAUAUACACUAUCUCCAAUUUUUCAGUUGCUCAGAAUGACCUCAAGUACAAAGCCACCAAUCAUGUUAGCAGAAUAUAUUUUAAGAGAGAUACCCAACUUAGGGUGGUUCAGGAUCCUCUAUUCCCUACACAUAUUUUUCGUUUUGUGCCCAAUGAAGUAAUACUUAACCACACCAAUGCUCAGUCCCAUUUAAUUGAUGUAAUUGGGCUCCUCACUGCUAAGGGUGACAUUAUUGAAUUCACAAAGAAUGGAAAGAAGUCCAUCUACAUUGUCAUAGAACUUGAUGACCUGAGGGAAAAUGGUACCAUUCGAUGUACUUUGUGGGAAGAAUUUGCAACUAAAUUGGUAAAGCAUAUAGAAGAGCAACCAACCUCAGAGUAUAUACUUAUUAUACAAUUUGCGAAGUUUAACCUAUUCAAAGGUACAAUGGGUAUAUCAAACACCAACUACAAUUCCAUUCUGCACAUCAACGGUGAUUUUCAAGAGGUCAAGGAUUUUCGCAAGAGUGUCAUAAUAUCAGGUGUACCUGCUGCAACUCAAGUUUCUCAAAUACCGGGAGAGCCGACAUAUUCACUCGAAGAGGACCUACUUAACCAUUCCAUUUAUAAGCCCAUCUCCGAGCUGAAGGAUUCAAUUGAGAAUGGGCUCUUUGUCACUAUUGGCACGGUUAUAUCCAUUGAUCCUAAGAAUGGGUGGUGGUACAAGAGUUGCAAGCAUUGCUUCCAUUCUUUACAAGAAGCCGAGAACUCAUACCACUGUGCUAGGUGUGAGACAUACCCAUCGUCUCACACUCCAAGGUUUAGCAUAAACAUGCGAGUUGCUGAUGAGACCGAUACGGCUUCUUUCCUACUGUACGAUAAGGAGGCGUCCAAAUUCCUUGGUAUAUCCGCAUCCGAUCUCAGACUCACACAACUAACCAGGGGUGGAGUUAACGAGGAAUAUCCAACAGAGCUUAACUCACUGAUGGGAAAGAAAUUUCUAUUCAAAGUAUCUGUGAAAAUGGAAGAUCUUAAUGCAUUCCAACCAUGUAGGAUAAUUGUCACUAAGCUCUGUGCAGACAACUCUGUUAUCACAAAAUUUACUGUGAAGACUAGCUUUGACGAGCACAAUAUGGGUAUGGAGAACUCUGAACUGCUGAGCAUGAACACUGACUCUGCUCACACCCCAAAGGGUACAACCUCUCCCUCUGUUGAGACUUUAUCCCAGGGAACAAAUGAUGGAUUCUCAACUCCAAAUGAUAAAAUUAUCACUGGUGGGUGGUCUAAGAAGCUGAUCGACGUGUACCCCGAUUCUGCCGGUGCUUCAUCAUCAUCCAAAUGCAGGAAAGUGACAGAGGGUGCCACUGCAACCAUUGUCGAGAUUCAUGAUGAGUAG